GAACCCAAAAAUUAAAAGCUGAAAGCUAUUGAAAGCUGAAACCCCCUAACCCCCCAUUGCAACAUAAUCAAGUUUUUCACUUUUUCUCUCUGCAAUUCCACUUUUUCUCUCAGCUGCCGCAGAUCCACCGCAGACUUGUUCCAUUUCCGCUCCCGUCUCUUCUUUUGCUGCCGCUAACGUCGAGGAUCUGUUUUGAGUCAUAGGAGUGAAUCAGAAUCUCAGCCAUAUAAGAAACUUGUAGUAAUUCAAACUACCAUCAAGGUCAUAGAGGUUUCUAGGGAGAUUAUAAUAAUAAUAAUAACAACAACGUCACAAAACAAUGACGGAUUACCACUUUGUGUACAAAGAUGUGGAAGGAGCAUCAACCCAAUGGGAUGACAUUCAGAGGAAGCUUGGCAAUCUCCCUGAGAAACCGCCCGCUUUCAAGCCUCCGCCCUUCGCCGCCGCCCCUGAUCCUGAUUCCCUCCCCAAAGACAAGGCUUGGCUUGAUUCCAAAAAUGAGGAUGAACUUGAAGACCUUGAAGAUGAUCUCGAUGACGAUCGCUUCCUUGAGGAGUACAGGAAGAAGAGAUUGGCUGAGAUGAAGGAAGCAGCUAAAGUUUUGAGGUUUGGAUCUGUGGUUCCCAUUUCAGGAUCUGAUUUCGUUCGAGAAGUUUCACAAGCUCCCUCUGAUGUUUGGGUGGUUGUCAUCCUUUACAAAGAUGGCAUUGCUGAAUGUGGGGUUUUGAUGCAAUGCAUUGAAGAAUUGGCUACAAGAUAUCCUGCAACAAAAUUUGUCAAGAUAAUAUCAACUGACUGCAUUCCCAACUAUCCGGAUCGAAAUCUGCCCACCGUAUUGGUAUACAACAAUGGAGCAGUCAAAGGAAACUAUGUUGGCAUGCGUAGUUUUGGACGAAGAUGCACUCCUGAAGGUGUUGCAUUGAUUCUGUGCCAAUCGGAUCCUGUACUAAACGAUGGUCAAAAUAGAAAUGAGCAAUCAAGAGAAGCUGUCAUUGAAGGAGUUAGGAGAAAGUUUAUAGAGAAAGUUGUUGUCGAUCAUGAAGAUCGUGACGAUGAUGGUUCCUCAAGUGAUUAGCAUUUUGUUUUGGCAACAUGUGGUUUUCUUUUAAGUAGAUAUUUUUCUUCUUCUUCUUCCAAUUUACAUGAAAUUAAGUGAUUUUGAUCCACCCACAAUUUGCUUCUGCUAGGAAAGCUUAUGUACUGGUGUUAAUGGUGUUGUACUCUUAUAAAGUUAUAAUAUUUGUGCCAAAAUGUAGCUUCUUGUGUGAUU